AAAAAAGAAAGAAAUCGCCUUCUAUACUUGAAUCGUUUGCUAAAUCUUACCAAAAUAGAACAAUUCAUUUCGAUAGUAUUUUUCUAACAUUUUCAUCUUGAAGUGAAAAGAAAGAAAAAAAAGAGACAUUUUUAUCGUCGAGUGAUUGUCAAAAUUGUCCACUGUGUUCAGUGACCCCCCCAAGUAGUCGAUAUCAAGAAGAAUCCGUGUCAAAGUGUCGAAGAUUGAACGGUAGUGAAAGAGACGCAUAGAUUGGAAGAGAAGAACAAGAAGGCAGCAGCGGAAGGUGGUUGGUAUCGGAAGGGGGUUGCGCAUGGUCCGUGCGGACCGUAGAAAGAUCAGCUCUGUCGAAGAGCGGAGACCUUUCUAACGGGCCGUUUGGAUGGUGAUCAGCAACGCGACCACGUUUUGACGUACGAACCACCAUGUCGGGGCUGCUUUACACGCUUCUAGGGCUAGCGGCUAGCACGAGCCUUCAUUGUGCUGUACGCCGCGAGAUAAGCCCGUGCACCUGCCGACAGGAAGAGUUCUCCAGUUCCGUUAUCAAUCCGGCACAGGCUGCGACAGCGGCCGCUGCAGCCGCGGCUGCUGCGAACACCGCAAAUAAUGCCGGUCACCAUGGACACGGGGAACGUAUCGAGGUUGUAUGCGAACGGAUGGACUCUUUCGAACAAGUGGCAGGGGCAUUACGGGGCAAAUUCACCGCUGAACAACAAAUCACCCUUCGAGUUUCACAUUCGAAUCUCAGGGAUAUAUCGCGGCACGAUUUUAAAGAGCUGCGGAUGUCGAUCACGAGGCUUGAGCUGAACCACGAUCAUCUAGGGUUUAUAGACGGCGAAGUUUUCGCGGGGUUGGGAAGAACGCAGUAUUUUAGUCUCGCGGAUAACGAGAUACCGUCUAUACCGAGGCAUAUUCUGUCGCAUCUCUCGUUGCUGAGGACCCUAGAUCUCAGCAGAAAUCGGAUAAGCCGUAUAGACUCGGAUGACUUUAAGUACAAUCCAACGUUACAGCAUCUCUCUAUGGCCGGAAAUGCGAUUUCAGAAAUGGUACCGGGUUCGUUGCCGCCGCUGGUGAAACACCUUCACGUCGGCCGUAACCACCUGCAGAGCCUGAAUCGAACGUUACGAGAUUUGAAUCAGCUGGAGUGGUUGCUAAUUAACGCGAACGAGCUCACAUCUCUGGACGGCGAGCUACCGUCCUCUGGCCAUAACCUGAAGAUGCUAUACGCCGUGGACAAUAAACUGACACAUUUGCCAGCGGAAUUUCGCUACCUGCACCGUUUGGAAACGUUGUUCCUCCAGCACAAUAAGAUACGCAGCCUGGACGGAACGUUGCAGAAGGCGCGUCGAUUGAAAUUUCUCGAACUUUCGUACAACAAUCUGCAAGAGUUGACGGAAGAGGAUUUCAUAGAGGCAGAGAUGCUAGAAGACCUGGAGCUCGGACACAAUUCUCUAAAAUCGUUGGGCGGCGCGGGUGGCGGUAAUGGCGACGGAAACGGGGGCAACAGUGUCCUUUACCCUCUCAGGUCUCUCAAGUGCUUAAACUUGACGCACAACGAGCUUCGUGAGUUCUCGUUCGCGUCACUUCGUGGUCUGCGCGAGCUGCGAUUGCUCGAUCUCUCAAAUAACAGAAUUGCGCGACUCCACAGAGGAAGAACGCCAUCAGAGAAUUUGGUAGAAGAAGAGGGCGAGGAAACGGCCGGUGGAAAUAUCCAAGAUAUGCGGCUUCAGCAUAACGAACUAACAGGCUUGGACGGUUCGUUGUUUCUCGGGAUGAAGGAAAUGCAGAGGUUGAAUCUUAGCCACAACGCUUUGGGACCGACAAUUGGACCGCGUGAUCUACGCGGUCUCGACGGCCUGAAAGUGCUCGAUCUUUCUCACAACGAGCUCACUACUCUCGAAGACACGUCAGAGGCGUGGCUACCAUCGCUGGAAGAGCUGAACGCGUCUCACAAUCGUCUAGUGACAUUGUCCGAGAGGGAUUUCCGUGGUUUUCCUGUUCUAUGCUGGGCGGACGUGAGCGCGAAUCUGAUAAGGACUCUGAUGCCCGAACUGGUGGCGAACACACGUUGCACUGUGCACGGUGUUCCCGAUGUACUUCGCAUAUAUCUUCAAGAUAAUCCGGUGCUGUGCGAUCCCGGACUCGCGGACCUGACCGUGGCUUUCGAAGUAAAUCACGCGAAAGUAUACGGUGUCGCGAAUAAUUGCCCGACAACCGCCUCGACGCCUACUGAACAGACGUCGCCGCUUCCGCCGUUGCCACCGACGCUGUUGUUGGCCGCCGCGGCGGCCGCGUCCGGCGGCAACGUUUCUUUCGCCGCGACUCUCGAGUAGAGCGAUUAUAUGAUCGAUAUCGCGAAGGAUAGUUCGACCGAUCGACCGACCGAUCGAUCGGCACUCAAGAAACGUUCAAACGGCAACACGACGACGAAGAAGAAAAA